UAAAUAUGACCAAUUCAUCUUCUUCUUCUUCACAAACUUUCUUCUCCAGCAAAAAUUUAUUCAGUACCGAGUCAAAAUUAGGGUUUGAAAUUUGCUGCUUCUGAUCAGUGAGUGAAGAAAGUUUGAAGCUUUGAGUAACUUUAACAAUGGAGGUAUUUGGAAAAUCUCAUGUGGUUGGCUCUGCUAAUGUUAUUUACUUGUCUGCUUUAUUGGGUCGCGAUGGACCCAAUCCGUGUCACAAAUGUGAUUGGAAAUGCGAGAAUGAGAAUGUUUGUGGGAAUAUGUACCGUUGCAAAUUAACUGGGUUGACUCAUUUUUGUGACAAGAACUGCAACCAAAGGAUUUUGUAUGAUAACCAUAACUCUUUGUGCCGAGCUAGUGGUCGGAUUUUCCCGCUUUCUUCGGCUGAAGAGCAGGCGGUUAAAGGAGUUCGGAGGAAGCUUGAUGAUGAGAGUCAACAACCCUCUGAAAGUUGUGUUAAGCGUCGUCGACGUGAUGCUCAGUUUCAUUCUUCUCCUUUCGAGAGGUCUUUUGCUGCUGUGAGCCCAAUUUGCAGCCAAGCUGGAGAUGGAAUGGAGAUGAACUAGAUCUUUGUUGAUCUUUUCUAUCUCUGAGAGGCUUUUCCUUUAUCUCACCUAGAAUAACUUCCUUUCCCUUUUCAUUUUGGACAACUAUGCAAUAAGAGACAUUAUUCCAUGUGCUCUUCCAGAGAGACUAGGCUUAGCUCUCUGUCUGAAGAAGCACUUUAUCUUAGUAUUGUUGAACUCUAUGUAGUAUUUAACGUAGGAGAGACUUUAUAAUUCUGCUACUACUCUGUUCUGGACGUUCUUGUUUUCAUAUUAUUAGGUGAAGUAGAAUAACACGCUUGUUUCAGCUUUCUUUCUAGUGCUUCUCCUCGCGCACCUUUAAGUUUGUUUAUCUUUGUAUCUUGUUUUGCUUGCUUCGACUGGUACAAGAUACCAUUGGUUAUUCCUGUCAGUUUAUUGCGACAGGUUUUUGUCACAUUGCUGAAAAUUGCAGUGUAGGUUUCCACCAGGUUCUUGAAGAAAAAAUUCUUUCUGGUUUGUCAUCCUGUAGAAUAUUCCCCUUCAUCUUCUCAAUGGAGACAUUAUUGUAAACUAUAUUUUGUGAAGAUCAAUUUCCUUCCUUUCCUUGUUUAAUGAGCACUAGAAGUUCUGAAAAUGUUUUCUGUUUGUGCAGGUUUCAUAAUCUUGCCAUGCAAGAGAGUUUUAGUUACCAUUAUUCUCUGUAUAAUGAUUAGGCUGUUAUUUUUCUUAAUUCUCAGUGUUUGAGGAGUAAGUCUAACAAUUGGAAGCUUGAACUUUUCUCUAUAGGUAGGUCUAUGUUUGUGCCCAGCAGGCAACUACGCGCAAUUGGUAAACUGAUGAUCGAGACAGCAGAGGAAGGACAGUUGUCGAAAGAAAUGAUACCCAACAUGGUCCAAUAAAUGUAACUGCGUGAAAGAAAGGAAAUAUAAAGUUGGUACUAUUCUUACAGGGAUUACAGAGAAUUUUGCCCAAAAAGGUGUGGUGGUUGUCGACUCGUCCCCUGCUAUAUUAUAAGGUUAGAGAAUGAACCGAGCUGCCAAAUCUCGAAUCCACCAAGUCAGAAUUAAAACAGCAAGGUGUGGCAGUGGCUCCCCAAGGUCAGCAUCAAGAUCCAAACCUAGUACCUUGAGAAUCUUUAUGGUGAAUCAUCAUCAUCAAUCUUAUCCAUGAAUCUACAGAGUCCUCCUUCCACAUUCAACGCUCUUUUUCGUUUGUUUUUAUAGUAACCACUUAGGAGAUCUACUGAUACAAUAUAGAUCUCUAUGGUUGAUAUAUGCAAAUAAUUCAAAUUUCUAUUUGAGCCU